AUGAAACCAAGGUACAUUCAUUCUCUCUUUCUCUCUGAGAAAAUGAAAUUAGGCAAGAUAUUACUGCACACAACAGCAAACUCCAAUUAUUCUUAUGGUUCAAGAGGUUAUAAAAGAGUAAAACAACUUGAGCAAAAUGUGAGGGAUGACUGUAAAUCUGGUAAGAUUAAGAAGCUUGAAGAUGGUUUGCAAUACUUUGAUAAGUUGAUUUUGGAAAGGCCAUUUCCAUCUAAUGAUACUUUUUGCCAUGUGUUAAGUUCUUUAUCCAAAAUCAAGUGUUACUCAGAUGUGAUUAUGUUGUAUAAGAAAAUGAACUUAGUUGGAGUACAACCUGGUCCGUAUACAUUGAGCAUUUUGAUUAAUUGCUGUUGUCAAUUAGGAAAGGUUGAUCAUGGGUUUUGUUUGCUUGGAGAGAUUAUAAAGAGAGGUUAUCAUCCUGAUACUGUCACUUUUACUACACUGAUUAAGGGGUUGUGUCUUCAACAAAAGAUUGAUUCUGCAUUCAAAGUGUUCGACACAAUGACACAGACGGGUAUUCAACCUAAUGCCUUCACAUGUGAUACUCUGAUACAUGGGCUUUGUAAAACUGGUCAAGUGGGUCGUGCUCUUCAGCUGAAAAACAAUAUGAUGAAAUGGAACUGCAGACCUACUUCUGUUUCAUACUCUGUGAUUAUAGAUACACUCUGCAAAGGAGGUUUGGUCGAUGAAGCUCUGGUUCUCUUCAAUGAGAUGCAUAGGGAUCCGAAUGUUGUACCCGAUGCAGUUGUGUACACUUCUUUGAUCAAUGGGCUUUGCAAUUAUGGCCGAUUGAAUGAAGGAAGAAUUCUUUUUGACGGGAUGAUUAGAAGAGGAAUAUCUGCAAAUAUAACAACUUAUAAUUGUAUGAUUCAUGGACACUGCCUACAUGAUCAACAAGAAGAAGCAAGAAGAUAUUUUGAUGAAAUGAUCGAUCGUGGGAUUUUUCCAAAUACAGUAACUUUUAGUAUAUUAAUAGAUUCACAUUGUAAAGAUGGGAUGACGGAAGAUGCUUGGGGGUUAUUCAAAUUGAUGGACAAGAUAAACAUAGAACCAAAUCAGAUAACUUACAAUUCAAUGAUGGACGGUCUGUGUUUGACAGGUCGACUGCAACUUGCGGUUAAACUGUUUGAUUCAAUGGUGGAUAGGGGCCUUGAGCCAAAUGAAUUCAACUACAAUGUGAUAAUCAAUGGUUAUUGCAAGAAUCGUAAGUUGGAUGAAGCUCUGCAGUUGUUCAAGAAAAUGAAACAAAACGGAUUGCGACCUACAACUGUUGUUUACAAUACAGUGUUAUGGGGACUAUACCGUGUUGGAAGAGUUAGGACUGCACAGAAUUUGUUGAAUGAGAUGCAAACUUUUGGUCUAUCUCCAGAUGAAGUUACAUAUAAUACAAUAUUGGAUGGACUCUGCAAGAAUGGAAAAAUGGAAGAGGCAAUAGAAAUUUUUGAAUCCAUGGAGGAAAAUCUAGUUACCACUCCCGUAUACACUAUUCUUAUCCGCAGUUUAUUCCAGGCUGGCAAGUUGGAAGAUGCCAAAAAACUGUUUAAUGAAAUACCUAAAAAAGGAUUAGUUCCUAAUGUAGUAACAUAUACUACAGUGAUAGAUGGCCUCUUUUGUAACAAGAUGUUUCAGGAGGCUAACGCAUUAAUCAUCCAAAUGGAAGAGAAGGGCUGUUUACAAGAUGCUAGGGCAUAUGAUACCAUCAUCCGUGGAUUUCUUAUUGCAAAGGAGACUGCCAAGGCAUUGCAAUUUCUUCGCAGGAUGCUUGAAAGAAAACUUUCACCAAGUGAUCCUGUUAUUAUUUGGUUAGUAAAAACUCUCUCAGUAGAUGAGUUUAGAAAUCUCUAGCUUUUCGUUCUUUUGUUUGGUAAACACUGACAAUCUGAAAUCUCUAUUAACUGCAACAUAUUUGCUUGAAUAUAUGGUUUCUUUCUUUACUUUACUUGCUUCUUUGUGCUCCCUUUGUUUGGUAAAACCAUAUA